GAUAGGAAACCAAAGGCUCUGGAGAGUGUUGCCUCCGCAGAGACUCUCGAAGUGGCACUCCAUAUGGUGUACAGUGACUCGGUGGCUCCCUGCACGGUGAGAGUGAAGACCAUUGUGUGUCACCAUCAUGACACUCCCGUCGAGGUUCCUCAUUAUCAUGGCAGUGGUGGUGGGUGUGGUCACAGCACGGUACAGCAGGGCCUCAGUAACGUGCAAGACCUUCCAUGAACACAGGAGUAGUACUCCAUACUGGUGUCAUGCAGACUGUGUGACUGGAGCGGGGGAAGACCGCAAAGUGUUCGGUACGGAGGUCUACCAUGAGAGUUCUGACAUAUGCCUGGCAGCACUUCACAUUGGUGCCAUUAACAGCACUGGAGGAUUUGUCACCUUCGAACAAGAGACCAAUGUACCUGAGAGAGUCUAUGGCACCACCAGGAACAGGAUAGUUUCAUCGAGCACGAACGUAAACUCCUCCUCAGCAGUAUACAAAAUAAUAAAGACCAGUCCUGCUGUUACUCAAGAGGAUUUGCGUGGAGAUGUGGUGAUGGUGCACAACUCCUACUCGGAUAGCCAGAAAUCUGGACGACGGCUCAGCUUAAGUUGCCUCAGCCAGGAUAUGACCACCAAGCUCACAAAGGAAAGCUUGGUCUCCUGGGCAUACAAGAGUAGUGACGCCAUAGUCGAUGGUAACGAAGAUUUCUAGGUUUUAUUAACAAGUU